UGAGAUGAACAUGUGUGUUCAUAUCGCUGCGGAACUAACGAGAAUCAAAUAAUCGAUCGGACCGUUUCAAGACUAUUUACACAUUUCGUGGAACGAGACGAAGUGUUCGUUACGUCUCUGCGAGUCGGCCGUUCGAAAUUUGGAGCAUCAAAUCCGCGUUUCGUCGUCGUCCGAUUGUCGUCGUCGUGAAUAGUUGGCGCUCGAACGUUGCCAGAAUGGCAACGGUGAAGGAUCGUAGGCGUAGCAGCGCGGGAUGGCGAUGCGUCACGGUGUGACAUUGAUUCGAGAUCGAUCUCCCGACAUCGUCACCGUUUCACGGAAUUGUCUAUCGGUUGACUCGCGCCUGCGGCCAGCCAGCCUCGGCAGUCGAACAGUGCAAUCGAUAAUCCCUGCGAACGCUUUUUGCGCUGGGCGCGAGAUCGUAAUGGCGAGAGCGUGGCGUCGAUGGACGAUAGGCGGCAAGAGUGGGAGACAGUGAUUGCUGACGAAGAUUUUUUUUUUAUAGAUAGAUAGUAGACAGGAAUAUUAUGCAUACUCACUACACCUAAUUGAUACAUCACCUUUCAAAUAUGGAUGAUGAAGAAGGAGCUUCGAGUUCUGGACCUAUGUCUUCAUUAAACAGCUUAUUUUCAUUCACCAGUCCCGCUGUGAAAAAAUUACUCGGCUGGAAGCAAGGUGAUGAGGAGGAGAAAUGGGCUGAAAAAGCAGUGGAUUCGUUAGUGAAGAAACUGAAGAAGCGCAAAGGCGCGAUCGAAGAACUGGAACGAGCACUGAGCUGCCCUGGAACGCCAAGUAAAUGCGUGACUAUUCCUAGAAGCUUAGAUGGUAGAUUGCAGGUUUCGCAUCGUAAGGGCUUGCCACAUGUGAUAUACUGUAGAGUCUGGCGCUGGCCAGAUCUCCAGUCACAUCACGAAUUGAAACCACUGGACUUGUGUCAGUUUCCGUUUUCUGCCAAGCAGAAGGAAGUCUGCAUUAAUCCUUAUCAUUACAAAAGGGUGGAGAGCCCGGUACUGCCACCGGUGUUGGUUCCUAGACACUCGGAAUAUGCUCCCGGCCAUUCUCUGUUGCCAUUUCAGCAAUUAGCCGAUCCAAGCAUGCCACAUAACGUGUCCUAUACAUCUAGCGGUUUCAAUGCUGGUUCUACGAGUGGUGUUAAUCCAACGUCACCUAUGUCCUCUGUCGGUUCCGUGCCCAGUCCAGGGAGCACGACUUUGCCGAAUCCUCAGAGUCCAUAUGGUACCAAUGGAUUACCGGAGACACCACCGCCAGCAUAUUCUCCUCCUGAGGAUGGCUCUCAAACUGGGCAAACCACAUCCUCGGACUCAGUUCCGAUGGACACAAGCUCAUCAAUUGAAUCAGCUACACCUGUGUGUUACCAAGAACCACCUUACUGGGCUUCAAUCGCUUAUUACGAGCUAAAUUGUCGAGUGGGUGAAGUAUUUCACUGUCAUUCGCACUCCGUGAUUAUUGACGGCUUUACAAAUCCGAGCAACAACUCCGAUCGCUUCUGCCUUGGACAACUGUCUAAUGUAAAUCGAAAUUCUACGAUAGAGAAUACGAGGCGGCACAUAGGCAAAGGAGUGCAUCUGUAUUACGUCGGCGGAGAAGUUUAUGCCGAAUGUCUCUCGGAUUCUGCGAUAUUUGUACAGUCUAGGAAUUGUAAUCAUCAUCAUGGCUUUCAUCCCAGCACAGUUUGUAAAAUUCCACCGGGAUGUUCAUUGAAGAUAUUUAACAAUCAAGAAUUUGCCCAACUUCUAUCGCAAAGCGUAAAUCAUGGUUUUGAAGCUGUCUAUGAAUUAACAAAGAUGUGUACGAUUAGAAUGUCUUUCGUGAAGGGAUGGGGUGCGGAAUAUCAUAGACAGGAUGUUACCUCAACUCCCUGUUGGAUCGAAGCACAUUUGCACGGACCUUUGCAAUGGUUGGACAAAGUGUUAACGCAGAUGGGUCCGCCUCACAACGCCAUAAGUUCUGUCUCAUAAGUAACGUACACGCAUCAUAGAGAUUUGUUUUAAGACAAAAAGACAAUUAGUCUCGAUGCACUUUUAAAAGUUCAAAUAUAGGCUGUAUUUGCCACAUAUGUGAGAAUUACGGAAACUGUGCACGGACGAAAUACAGUUACAGUAAGUUGCCCUAUGUUAUACUUAUAUUAAAAUAAUAUCUAAGAAGAAACAUGAUAAUGAAAUGAACGAGAGAUGUAAUGUUCGAAAGAGAUACAAAAACUCAUGAGAAAUGUUAUGCAAAAGAAAAAUAUUUAAAGAUGGCGAUCUCUGGGAGUUAUCGUGACCGCGUAUACAUUUAGACGCUAUAAAAACUCUUUGGCUGUUAUAUAAGGACAGAAUUAUAUAUUAUAUAUACAUACAUACAUACAUGCGCGCGCACACA